AUGACGACCGCAGGACAUCAAUACACAGUCGCAGCCCUCUUCCUGCAGGUUCUUGCAGAAUCUGGCGUGGAUUACCUCUUCACGGUACUGGGGUCCGACCAUGCGAGCAUCAUCGAAGCAUAUCAACAACGACAACAUGAAGGGAAGGCGUGGCCCAAGAUGCUACACUUCCAGCACGAGUUCGUCGCCAUAUCAGCCGCAGACGGCUACGCCAGAACAACCGGCAAACCACAAUGCGUGAUUGUGCAUGUUGAUGUCGGCACAGCAGCACUAGGCCAAGGUCUACAUAACGCAUCCAGUGGCAGAGCGCCAAUGCUGAUCUUCGCUGGUCUUGCGCCUUUUACUCUAGGUGGAGAGCUCCCAGCCUCGAGGUCGGAGCAUGUGCAGUGGUACCAGGAUGUGCCUAACCAGGCUUCGAUCGUGGCGCCGUAUGCCCGGUAUGUGAAUGAGAUCAAGACGGAGGAACAUGUCAGGCUUAUGGUGAAGCGAGCGCUUUGCAUGGCUUCCACUGGAUCGCCAGGACCUGCGUAUUUGACUGCAGCGAGAGAGGUUCUAGCGGCACCCGCUAGGGAUGACCUCCUGCAGUCAGGAGCUAUGACUGCUCAGGUGCCAACAUGUAAACUCACAGGUCUCCCUCAAGAUGCAGUCCGCACAAUCGGCGAAGCGCUACUCCUCGCAGAGAGACCGUUAGUCAUCACAGGCUACCUAGGCCGCAACCACGCUGCCGUCCGCCAUCUCGUGCGUCUCGCCGAUCUUGUUGGAGGCCUGCAAGUCAUCGACUCGGAGCUUCGAGAGAUGCUCUUCCCAGCACGACACUCAGCAUGGACUAGCAGGACCCACGGAAGUGCUGCUGCCAUUUCCGAGGCCGAUGUCAUACUAGUGCUGGACUGUGAUGUGCCAUGGAUCCCAGUGAAGGCUAAGCCUUCGACGACAGCACGCAUUUUCCACAUUGACAUCGAUCCGCGGAAGGAGAAGAUGCAGCUAUUCGAUAUAUCAGCGGAAGCUACAUUCCAGGCAGAGUGCGAAGUGGCGUUGCAGCAGCUCUACGAAUGGAUUCGAGGCCAUGAUUCUUGGCACGAGCGGUCUUUCCUGCUGAACCACCGGAGGCAGAACUUGGUCGAGAAGCACGCAGAAGGGAUUCGAGCUCUCAAUGCUCGAGCAGCUCCACGUGGCGAUGGAACAAUAUCAAUCGACCACCUCUCCGCUUGUCUACGCCGGAUCUUACCAGAGAGUACCACAUACGUCCACGACGCUGUCACCAAUACCAUCCCACUAUGUGAGCAGCUCCGCCUCGACAGACCCGGCAGUGGUCUCAGUAAAGGAGGCAGCGGGCUUGGCUGGGCUGGCGGAGCUGCGAUCGGCGUCAAGCUUGCUCUUGAUAAGUACGAUAUCAAUGACAGGCCACAUCUCAAGGAGCGAGGAACCGAGUGUGAUGAGGAGUCGUCGAGCAGCCUCGUAUGCUGCGUUACUGGAGAUGGCGCAUUAAUGUUUGGUACCCCUGUGUCGACCUUCUGGGCGCAGCAUCGACUUGGCACUCCAUUCUUGACCAUUGUGCUCAACAAUGGUGGGUGGAAAGCGACAAGAUCUUGCGUUGACGAUGUGCACCCAGAUGGAAUUGCGGCGAAGACGAGGGAUGCAGACUGGGGCAUCGAUCUUAGUCAUGAUCAAUCUGACCAUGUUGGCGUGGCCAUCGCAGCUUCAAAUCACACUCUGUGGGGUAAGAAAGUCACCAGAUCGAUAGAGCUGGAAGAGGCACUCCUCGAGGCGCGACGCAUCGUGCUCGAAGAGAAGCGUGGCGCGAUGCUGGAAGUCGUCAUUUCUUGA